CGCUUGACAGUUCGCUGUUGCGGUAACGACACACAGUCAGAAAGAGAUAGAGUGUAAGAGAGAGAGAGAAGGGGUCGCUUAGCUAGACAUUAACAGAUAUCACCGGAGUAUUUGCUGUAGAACAGUCUGACUUGAAUAGGCUAGUUAAAGCUACACAUUCGUGUUGUGUUGUUCCUGACUCGGCUCAUGUUCGCUGUUUCCUGGUUGGAGUAGCAGCCAUUUUGGAUUUUUUUACCGACAAACAAGUAGCCGUUCGUGGUUGUUGGGAGCAGUGCGAGCUAGCCAGCGCUUCCGUUGACGCAUCUGAACACCGCUGCUCGUCUGCAUACAGGGGAAAGGAGACGUUUGACGAGAGGGGAUAGACCAUACUACGAGUCAACUAUGAAUCCCGAAUAUGACUAUUUAUUCAAGCUGCUCCUGAUUGGCGAUUCCGGCGUUGGAAAGUCUUGCCUUCUUCUCCGAUUUGCAGAUGACACGUACACAGAAAGUUACAUUAGCACUAUUGGCGUGGACUUCAAAAUACGAACCAUAGAACUAGAUGGAAAGACCAUUAAACUUCAGAUUUGGGAUACGGCGGGUCAGGAGCGGUUUCGUACAAUCACAUCCAGCUACUACAGAGGUGCUCACGGUAUCAUCGUGGUGUACGAUGUCACAGACCAGGAGUCCUUCAACAACAUCAAACAGUGGCUCCAGGAGAUCGACCGCUACGCCAGUGAAAAUGUCAACAAGCUUUUGGUUGGGAACAAGUGCGACCUGACGACAAAGAAGGUGGUGGAUUACACAACGGCAAAGGAGUUCGCAGACUCUCUGGCCGUCCCCUUUUUGGAAACCAGCGCCAAGAACGCCACCAACGUGGAGCAGGCCUUCAUGACCAUGGCUGCCGAGAUCAAGAAGAGGAUGGGCCCCGGGGCCACAGCCGGAGGAGGGGAGAAGGCCAACGUGAAGCUGACCCCCGGCACCAGUGUCAAGACCUCGUCAGGAGGAUGCUGCUGAGAGAUGACGCCACGUCGCCCCCCCCCCUCCACUCCCCCGUGCCCUCUCACUCUGCAGGCCCGUCGAGCGUGCCCCCCCCCCCCCACCUUCAAACUCCACCCACCACACAGUUCGACAGGACGGGACAGGGGAUAACGUGGAUCCCACAUCUCCGCGAAGAACACGAUGAAGUUGGCCGUAUUUGUACUGUACAUAGUAUAGCCGCACUACCAAAAACAAAUAAAGCAUCCUUCUCGUCCUCCUGUCCCGUUUACCGAUAUUCUGCAGAUAGGCGAUCAUUCAACCCGGCCCCCCUCCCCCUCCCGGCCGUCCCCCCGCCAUCUCAGACCUCUCAGAGACUACUCUUUUAUCUAGCCCUCUGAAUGCAGGUUCGUGAAUGUGUGUGUGAGAGAGAGAGUUUCUGUUUCUCUGCAUUCCAACAGGUUAAUGAAUCGGCUUCAUUAAGGUUUCUGUCCUUUUUUCGGUUUCUUUUUUCCUUUCAGUGAUUUACGUUGCGGUUCGUGUUGGCAUGUGUCUGUCAGACUGUCCCCAUUUGAACGUGUGUUUUCUUUAUGUUUUAUUCCUCAACAACCUCCGCACAGCAGUGUCUCACUGUCUCUCAUCUAAAGUGCAACAGGCGUGUGUGUGUAAUAUGUGUAUGUAUAUAUAUAUGUGUGUAUAUGUAUACACAUAUGUAUGCACACGGUUUGCCAGCUCUGUAGUGUUCAAUGCUUCAUUGGGCUCGUCUUCACUCUUUAUCUCUGCAUUACAUUCGUGUCUGCAAGACGACUGUUUGUUGCUCAACAUGUAACACUUGAACAAAAAAAUAAAUAUUGUACUACCAGACUGUAUGAAAUGGGCGGGGCCUGUCUGCGAUUCUUGGGUGAGAUGUGUCGCAAGAGAGAGGAAAAAACAAAACCUGUUUGAAUUAUUUAUUCUACAUUUCGUUUUGGCGUAUCGACUGCCAAGUGAAAGGGUCUGUUUAAGUGUAAUAUCCGUGAAGAAUUGCAUCUAUAAAAUAAAAUGUUCACUUGUUUUCAUAAUAAAGGCGACUGAACUCAGUUUGAAAUUUGAAAGGAAA